UCACUCAACUAUAAAAGAGGAUGUGGCUGUGGAUGGUUUAACAAAGCGGAAAAGAGUUGGAGCAGUUUGGAGCACAACAAAGUUGAACAAUGGAGUUUUUCUUAUUAGCGCUGGUUACACUUCUCUCCUCGUUUUACAACGUUUUGGCGUUGACACCGAAAGCCGUGUGUCUCCUUCAAGUGGACGAGGGACCUUGCAGAGCAGAACUCGAGCGCUACUUCUACAACACUAUCACCCAAAAGUGUGAGCGUUUCUACUACGGAGGCUGCCAAGGCAAUGCCAACAACUUCAAGAGUUACCAGCAGUGCCAGAAAACAUGUUUCAGAAUCCCAAAGGUUCCCCAGAUCUGCAGGUUUCCUAAAGAGGAAGGACCUUGCAGGGCCCUCUUCCACCGCUACUUCUUCAACAUGACCACCAUGCAGUGUGAGUCCUUCUAUUACGGCGGCUGUGAGGGCAACUACAAUCGCUUCCAAAACCUCGCCUCCUGCAAGGAGUACUGCAGUCCAAGAAAAACUGUCCCUGUGCUCUGCCUGGACCCUCUGGACAAAGGGAGCUGUUCGGCCUCCAUCCCUCGGUAUUACUACAACACAGCCACCAAGAUGUGCGAGGAGUUUGUCUACUCGGGCUGCGGAGGGAGCAGCAACAACUUUGUGUCGAGGCAGAGCUGCAUGGACGUGUGUGCUAAAGGAGCGAAACAACACACAAGCCGAGGAAAAGUUCGUCGCGCGAGACGGAAUAGAAAUAAGCCGAUCACUUACUUGCAGGCGUAGACGUCUGACACUCAGUGACUCUCACUUGGACAAGCCCUUAAAGGAAACUAACAUUUAAUAAACUGACUUUUUUUUGUUAUGCCAAAAUGACGACCAGCUCUUCUUUGUUGUUACAAGAAGAGUUAUAGUGGUAUAUGUAUGUACAGUAUGUAUGUAAUGCUUUAUGAGCUAUAUCAAAUGUGAUUUUGAUGAAGUUUGUUACUGCACUAAUGUUCCUGAUUGUGUAUUUUGAUACUGUAUGUAUGUAAUAUGUGUUGUACAAGUAAUACAUUAUGAUGGUGAAUAUUUUUGUUUGCCUAACUGUUAUAUAAGCACAUUUUUUUUAUAAAAAUAAAAAAUUCUAUGAAGUAUUGUA